CAACCUUUUCCCUCAUCACGUGACUUUUGUCACACUCUGGUCCACUCCGGAAGGGAGCGGCGGUGGGACCAACACGAGCCGACAGAAAACAUGGCGUUUGGAGAUGCCUGGAAACAAUUAUCUUGGUUUUAUUACCAGUAUUUGCUCGUAACAGCUCUGUAUAUGCUGGAGCCGUGGGAGAGGACUGUCUUCAAUUCUCUGCUGAUCUCAGUGGCAGCGAUGGCUGUCUACACUGGUUAUGUGUUCAUGCCGCAGCACAUUAUGGCUAUAUUACACUAUUUUGAAGUGGUCCAGUGACGACAGCGAGCAGGAUCAUCAUCAUCCUGCGCGCCACCGCCAUCUCUUGGCGGGAAAAUGAACUGUUCCAAAACUCCUCUCCACGUGAAAGAAAAUGAACACUUUAAACAUGGACACUUGUGUUUGCUGAAGGAGAACAACAGUAAACAGCACAGUCUGCAGCUAUAAUAGCACACACUGCCCUGUCUGCAAAUGUAUCCUUUUAUAAAUAAGAUAUAUAUAUAUAUAUAUAUAGUAUGACGACUGUUUUAAAAUAGUGCUUCAGUUUCGUUUCACGACAGUGGUUCAGAUGAUACAAAUUUUUUAUAUGAAUGUGUAUAUUUAAUUGUAUACAUGUUUGUAAGAUUUUUCUAGAGGUUUGUUUCGGCUGACCUGAAAUGAUGUGGUGUGCCUCAGUGAAUUAUUACUGGUACAGUUUUGGAUCUAUAUCUUAUAUCAGAUUUAACAUUGUGAGUCAUAGGCGGAUGUGUGACACCAUUGUUGAUGGUCCAGAACCGGUCGCUCAGGUCAUAAAAACACUUCAGUAAUUUCACUUUCUGUAAUCCACCUUGACCUUCGAGCCCUGGGACGAUUAUUCAGCAGAUUGUCUGUAAAAUCCUGAGGAGAACAUGUGUCUUUUACUUUAUCGAGGAGAUUGUAAAUGGUUUAUUCUGUUAAAAAUGGUUUAGAUUGUGUUAGUAUGUAAACAUUAAUCUUGCCUCUCGUCAUAAAAAAAACAAGUUGUAUGUCU